CCGAGCGUACGUCUCCUUCCCGCCAUUUCUCAUAAAAACGGACAAUAAUUUUGAAAUCCGAAUACCGACUUCCAUUUUCGAACGCGCGUCAGAUAUGAACUUUUGACGUGGAUUAUUUUUUUUAAGACACAGACAAUAAUUCAGUCUUCCUUGUCGUUGAUUUUUGGACUUUUUGGACGAUUUAUUGUAAUUUAUUGACGCCGCGUAUUUUUUUAUUGCAAGGAGAGUAUUUGUGGCAUCAGGUGGGCGAGUAACUGCUGCUAACAGCAUGUGGUCCCUGUGGCGCGCUUGGAGCGUGUUGGCGUGCGCUUGCGCAGUGGCGGCGCAGCGUAUAGAUCAGGACGCCAUCAUGUCGCCGCGUCCGGCCCGUCUGCGGGAUAUGCGGCAAGACACCAAGACCGACGAACCGACUUGCGAUCAACUUAAGGCUAUGUGGAGAUUCUCAAAGCGGCAAGCUCGAGCGCCAGAAAUCAUGAAUGAAGUCAAUUCAUACCGUGAUCCGUUAAUGUACAACGAAUGGCCUGUAUACACUGCGAUACCCAGAGCCGCCCCCAGGUUCAGAUACCGGUUCCCGGCGCUACCCCGUGAAGAAUUUGGCAGAGUCAUAACUAAAGCACCUGCCAACGUCGUUCGCACUCCAGAUUAUGAUGAGAUGUUCGGCAUGCUGAACGUGCCCCAUACAUCGGGUAAGAUCCUGCGAUACCCUGGCCCGUCACGUCCUCGAGGACCUAACUUCAUGGUACCGCCACAGCGAGACAGGUUUGAAGCUCUGAAGAAAAUGAUUCGUCAGGAACAUGUACUUGAGCUGCAAAGAAAAUACGAAGCUGAACAAAAGCAAGAACUCAAGGACCUAACUUCUGGACGAGGUGAUGACUACGUGUACGGAUCAUAUGGUGAACAGGAACCCCGAGGCUUGCAGCCACUGCAGAUGGAGUACCCUGCCGAUGAACCAACUUCUAGGCACAGCAAGAAGCCACCGGCUGGUAGUCGCCAGAUCUCGCAGUUCUCGCGCUACUCCGACGUGAUACUGCCACCGGCCCGCCGCGCUAUCUACCACCCCUACUUAGAGUAUGCAGCCCCCGAAUUCGUCCCCUACUACUGAACACUCUCCGGGCACUCGGACCCACAGGACGAACCAACGUUCUAGAACAUUCUACUGCAGGGAUUAUCUCCCUUAUUGUACAAAACACUUUAUGGGCUUUAAAUCCAAAUAUCAGUAUUAAAAUGUCAUAUCGAAAGCAUAUCUUUAACGCUUUCGCUUAGACGACCCUCGUCACUUAAGAUGCGAGCUUUCUCUGCAUUAUCUUUCAAUAUUUUUAUAUUUAUAAACCGAAGUUUUUCGAUGUAGAUAUGCGAUCUCUGAAUUUUAAUAUACCCCUUUUGAAUAAUCGCAUUGUAUUUUUCGAUAGGUUUAAGGAUUUAGGAGGAUUUCUUCUUGGAAUGUUCGAGUCCCUAGGUCGAACGGACAUGAUAAUGUUAUACGGUACUUCCGAUAUUGACAAUAAAUACAUUAUAUAUACGAUUCGAGCAAUUAUCUUAUUGCCGUCAAUUCCAUAUAAGUAAAUCGUGACAAUAAAAUGUUUAAAAAAAGUAAUCUGACAAUAAUCUGUAUGGAUGUUUACAAUUUGAUGUUUAGUAGAGUUAUAAGCGUGACAAGGAAAUAUUCCAUUUAUAUAUUUAGGAUCUUAAUAAUCGAAUAUGAUUAUAUAACUUGGUGGCUAGCCAGUUGGAAGUUAUUAUCUGCUUUUCGCUUCGAUUCGACUUUAUUGAAAUUUUGAUCGCAACAUUUAUUAAAUAACAAAGAAUAUUCGCGUAUUUCUUUCUUAAUGAAAAAAGUUUUUAUUAAUACUAUGAGGUACAGUCCGAGCCCGACGACCUCAAGAGAAUCGAAGCGGAAAAUAUUCUUCUAGCUUCGUCCUUCAAAGGAAUAGUUUUACUACCCUUCACUUGCUCAUACUCUGUACUCUAUGUGUUAGAACAAUACAUUAUUGGUAAUCAGUAUUAUUACUUUUAUAUUUGUAUUAUUUUAGCAGUUGACUGCCAUAUGAUGGACAUUUUCUGCUAUUUAAGUUUAAUUUCUGUUUAAGUAUUUGAAAGCUAAUACAUAGUAACAAUGAAGAUACUUAAUCUUGUGACCUAUAUAUGUUUUCUCCAAAAUAGUUGAUAAUUGUUGUGAUUAGUCGCUAAGUAUAUGGUUACCAUGUAUUAUAUAUCAAAAGCCUUCAAGACGGCUAGGUGGGCUUCGGCUGUGCGGGCAGACAAUACUACGUUAUACUUCGAGUGAUACGAAUGGUAGCGCAACCGAGUCCCGGCAGAAAAAUGCUUUAACUACAUUUAAAUGUUUCAUGUUUAUUGUAAUACAUAGUUAAUUGUAAAUUAGUAAUGCGCCGCUCGCGGCUUAUUUAAUAUUUGUGUACUAAUGGAUCUUAAUAUAGGAACGAAGCAGCCGCAGAUGGAUGGCCCGAGCACCUUCUGUUCAAUGAGUACACCAUCCAUGGUCUCCACUAUAUCCCACGUGAAGAACAACUUGUCUACAAACCUUUGCAGAUAUCCUAACUGUGUAAUUUAAUCGGAAUCGCACUGAAAGUGAAGGCUGUAAUUCUAAGGAAGUUGUUACCUAUUUGUGUACUAUAUAUAUUAUUAUAUCUAAUCAACUAUCGACAUAUAAGUAUCGACAAUGAGUCGACAUAAACUCACAGACUAUAAAAUUUGGCUUUAAAAUUAUAUUACACGUCAUAUAUUGUGGCUUUAAGAAGUCAAUGAAUUCAUUAAUCUUCUAUGUAUUACGUGGCCCGUCUUACGACGGCCUGUAUCCUACAUGUUACGAUUUAGCGAGAUAUCUAUACAUAUUUUUAUUUAUAUUAUAUAUAAUUUUCUAAC